GAAGUCCCCAGGACCAAGAUGGCGGCGCUCUGCUCGGCGGGUACCGGCUCCGUUAAGAAUCACGCAAUGUGGGUUCUUGUAGCUGUAACUCUUGGGAGCAUAUGCUUGUCAACUGUAACUGCAGAUUCAAAAGCAGUGACAACAUCACUUACCACCAAAUGGCCAUCUACACCUUUGUUAUUAGAAGCAAGCGAAUUUUUGGCUGAACAGAGCAAGGCCAAAUUCUGGGAAUUUGUGGAUUCCAGUCAAGAAUUCUAUGAGGAGAAUCAUGCAGGGACAGAUUUGUUGCACUACCAAUUUAUACAAAGGCAAGCUGCUACAUUUCUAUCUCAUGUUCAAGUCAAUUUGAUGAAGUUUGCCUUAUCUUUGCGGGCUUAUUCUGCCACUGUUCAGAUGUUUCAGCAGAUUGCAGCAGAAGAACCUCCUCCAAAGAAUUGUGUCGCUUUCGUAAAUGUGCAUGGGGAGAAAACCUGCAGUCCUGACAAUUUGGAGAUGCUUCUGAAAGGAUCUUUGGAAAGAUCCAAGCCGUACAUAUUUAAAGGGGAUCACAUUGAGUUCCCCUUAAAACCUGAACUUCCUGUGGUGAUUCUGUACGGUGAGAUUGGUACCAAGGAGUUUUCCAAAUUCCAUGGACUUCUUCGUUCCAAAUCAAUGAUGGGAACUAUCAACUAUGUUCUCAGGCAUUAUGUUGCUACUCCAAGUCAGGAAAGGGUCUUCCUUUCCGGUUAUGCUGUGGAGCUUGUCAUGAAAAGCACUGAAUACAAGGCCAAGGAUGACACCCAAGUAACAGGCUCUGAAAUGAAUGCAACUGCUAUAAAUGAAAAUGAUCCUGUUGAUGAAGUCCAGGGAUUCCUCUUUGGGAAACUGAAAACUCUCUACCCUAAGCUUCAGGAAGAACUUAAAGAACUGAGAAAACACCUGAUUGAAAGCACAAAUGAGAUGUCACCUCUAAAAGUUUGGCAGCUGCAAGACCUAAGCUUCCAAACUGCUGCUCGAAUCUUGGCUGCACCUUCAGCUGAUGCGCUAAUGGUUAUGCGUGACCUGAGCCAGAACUUUCCCACCAAAGCCAGAUCUAUAACAAGAACUGUUGUGAACUCUGAUAUGAGAAAUGAAGUUGAAGAGAACCAGCGAUAUUUCAAAGAAACUCUCGGACUCCACCCAGGUGACUCUGCACUCUUCAUCAAUGGUCUCAACAUAGAUAUGGAGGUACAAGAUCUCUUUAGUGUUCUGGACCUGUUACGCAAUGAGGCCCAUAUUAUGGAAGGGCUACACGAUUUGGGGAUUCAAGGGGAAGACCUUCAUGAGCUGCUGAAAUUGAAUGUACACCCAGGAGACAAUGACUAUGGUGUGGACAUUCGAAACCCAGCUGUUUAUUGGAUCAACAAUCUGGAGAUUGAUAGUAAAUAUAACUCGUGGCCGUCCAAUGUAAAAGAACUUCUGCGACCCACCUUUCCUGGAGUUAUUAGGCAGAUUCGGAAGAAUUUCCACAAUUUUGUGCUCAUUGUUGACCCAACUGAUGACAGCACCCCAGAACUGUUUAAAGUAGCUGAAAUGUUUUAUUCUAACAAUAUUCCACUCAGGAUUGGCUUGGUCUUUGUUGUUGAUGACUCUGAAGAGGCUAAUGGUCUAAAAGAUGCUGGGGUUGCACUUCUCAGGACAUUUAACUUCAUUUCAGAUGAAGUGGACAAUACAAAGGCAUUCCAGACAAUCAUUUCGAUAUACAACAAGGUGAAACAAGGCGAAAGACUAAAGAUUGAGCAUGUUAUUGGUACCUUGGAGAAGGCAUACCCUUAUAUAGAGGUGACCAGUGUUCUGGGAGCAGAUUCAGUGUAUGACACAAACAGGAAGGAAGGAAAAGCUUACUAUAAACAAACAGGCUUGGGCCCUCUGCCUGUGGCAUUGUAUAAUGGCAUGCCAUACCAAAAGGAACAGCUGGAUCCUGAUGAGCUGGAAACUGUAACAAUGCAUAAAAUUUUGGACAAUACAGGCUAUUUCCAAAAAGUUGUUUAUAUGGGUGAAUUGAACAAUGACCAAGACGUUAUUGAUUUUAUAAUGAGUCAGCCAACAAUUGUUCCAAGAAUCAAUUCCAGAAUUCUCAACUCUGAGAGACAGUUCCUGGAUUUAUCAUCCAAAGUUGUCUAUGGUGUGGAUGAUUAUUCUCAAUUUGCUUUUCUGAAAUCUGACGAAAAGGCAGCAGCCGUAGCGAACAGCAUCUCUUACUUGACAAAAAGAGGAAUGUCUUCGAGAGAGAUCUAUGAUAACAACUAUAUUCGUCCAGUUACAUUCUGGAUUGUUGGAGACUUUGAUGAACCCUCAGGGAGACAAUUAUUAUAUGAAUCUCUCAAACAUCUGAAAUCCAGCAAUAAUCUGAGGGUUGGACUGAUAAACAAUCCAAGCAAAGAACCCACUGAAGAGAAUUCUGUUAAUGCAAGAGCCAUCUGGGCCACACUGAAAACACAGAACAUUAACAAUGCAAAAAACUUCAUUACCAAGAUGGCUAAAGAAGAGACAGCAAAAGCACUGUCUGAGGGGGCAGACAUCAUGGAAUUUGCGGUUGGAGGUAUGGACAAUGAAGCCUUUAAGGCGAUGUUUAAUUCUCCUGAUCUCAGUGUAAUUCUGUCACACGGAUCCUUCUGCACGGAUGUUCUGAAAUUGAAGAAAGGGCAGAGGGCUGUCAUCAGCAAUGGGCGUGUUGUGGGCCCACUGGAAGAAAGUGAAAUUUUCAAUCAAAACGAUUUCCAUUUGUUGGAGAGCAUUGCCACCGAGACAGCAGAGAAAAUCAAAAGCAAAAUUCAAAUGCUGGUGAUUGAAGAGGAUCAUGCCAGUGAUCUAGUAAUGAAAGUGGAUGCUCUUCUAUCAGCACAGUCCAGAGGAGAGCCAAGGAUUGAUCUCCAGUUCUUUGCAGAAAGACUGAGUGUUGUUAAAUUACGGCCGAAAGAAGAACAGGUGUAUUUUGAAGUGGUUGCCAUAGCUGACCCUGUGACCAGGGACACUCAGCAACUUGCUCCUUUGCUAUUGGUCUUAAAUCAAUUGGUCAACAUGAAUCUACGAGUGUUCAUGAACUGUCAGCCAAAACUGUCUGAAAUGCCUCUGAAAAGCUUUUAUCGGUAUGUGCUGGAGCCUGAGAUAGCAUUCAUGGCAGAUGGAAGUUUUGCUCCAGGUCCAGUGGCCAAAUUUUUGGAUAUGCCUCAGUCUCCACUCUUCACUCUUAUUCUGAACACCCCUGAAAGCUGGAUGGUGGAGUCUGUUCGUACAUCAUAUGAUCUUGACAACAUUUACCUGGAAGAAAUUGAUGGUGGCGUAGCAGCAGAAUAUGAACUGGAAUAUCUUUUGUUGGAGGGACAUUGUUACGACGUUACAACAGGGCAACCUCCACGAGGCCUCCAGUUUGUCCUGGGAACUUCCGCAAACCCGGCUGUCGUUGACACAAUUGUAAUGGCAAACCUGGGCUACUUUCAGCUAAAAGCUAACCCUGGUGCUUGGGCACUUAGACUAAGGAAGGGAAGAUCGGAGGAUAUUUAUAAGAUUUACAGCCAUGAAGGAGCUGACUCUCCACCUGGGACUGAAGAAGUGAUUGUGGUUCUGAACAGCUUCAAAAGCAAAAUUAUUAAAAUGAAGGUGCAAAAGAAACCUGACCACGUGCAGGAAGAAUUACUCAGUGAUGGCAAUGCUGAAAACGAAGGCUUCUGGGAAUCCAUUAAAAGAGGAUUUACUGGAGGACCAAAACCUGAAGAAAUCAAACCAGAUAAGGAAGAUGUCAUCAAUAUUUUCUCAGUUGCUUCAGGUCACUUGUAUGAGAGAUUCUUGAGAAUAAUGAUGCUAUCUGUACUGAAGCAAACCAAAACACCAGUGAAGUUCUGGUUCCUUAAAAACUACCUUUCACCUACAUUCAAGGAGUUUAUCCCAUACAUGGCAAAGCAAUAUGGCUUCCAAUAUGAGCUGGUGCAGUACAAGUGGCCCCGAUGGCUCCACCAACAGACUGAUAAACAGCGAAUCAUCUGGGGUUACAAGAUUCUUUUCCUCGAUGUGCUCUUCCCCCUGGCAAUUGACAAGAUACUGUUUGUGGAUGCUGAUCAGAUAGUGCGCACUGACCUGAAGGAGCUCCGAGAUUUGGACCUCGAUGGAGCCCCGUAUGGCUACACCCCUUUCUGUGAAAGUCGCAGGGAGAUGGAUGGAUAUCGCUUCUGGAAAUCUGGCUAUUGGGCAAAUCACCUGCAGGGAAGGAAGUACCACAUCAGUGCCUUAUAUGUAGUGGAUUUAAAGAAGUUCAGAAAGAUUGCUGCUGGUGAUCGACUACGAGGACAAUAUCAGGGUCUCAGUCAGGACCCCAACAGCCUAUCCAAUCUCGAUCAGGAUUUGCCGAACAACAUGAUCCAUCAGGUCCCCAUUAAAUCACUUCCCCAGGAGUGGCUCUGGUGUGAGACAUGGUGCGAUGAAUCUUCAAAGAAAAAAGCUAAAACUAUAGAUCUGUGUAAUAAUCCAAUGACCAAAGAACCCAAAUUGGAGGCAGCUGUACGUAUUGUUCCUGAAUGGCAGGACUAUGACCAGGAGAUAAAACAGUUUCAGAAGCAAUUCCAAGAAGGGAAAUUAAAUGCAUUUGCUCAUGUUGGUACAGAAAAUGUUACAUCCAUAGAAGAUCAUGUUCCGCAUUCUGAGCUUUGAGCUAUGGACAUCAAGCCAGUUUAACUCUGUUUAAAGAGUUGCUCUUUUAUUUCCCAGAUGAAACCUUCUCAAUGUGACAAAGAGCCGAGAGACUGGAAUAGGAAUGUGCUGUUAGAUUUUUUUUAUAUAUAUGUAUAAGGUGUACUAUAAUUGGAGUUGAGUUCUGUGGAAAAUAUUGGGGAGGGGAACAAAGAUCAUUGGAGAAAUCUGUAGCUAUUCACCUCAGGGAUGGAAAAUAAUCAUGCAAAAUAAACCAGUUUCUAUGUUUGUCAGUGGGGUUAAAUGCAACGAAAAUCAGCCGUGUGGCUUGAAUUUGCGAUUUAAAAAAUCCAAAGCUGUUCACUGUAUUGACUUAGGCAGACUUCUUAAUUCAAGUGGUCUUGAUUAUAUUGUCAAUACACAACAUGUUGCCGUAUUCUUCUCCUUCAGCAAGGCUGAAGAAUCUACAUGAAUUCUGUCGUUCAUUAACAUUUUGAGUCUUUUGAGUUUACUGAAGGGCUGGCCACAGUGAAGCAAUGUUUAUUGUUAAUGUUCUCAUUGAGACGAUUUAUUUUGUCCUAUAAGUCAUGUUUUUCAGGUGAAUAUUCAGAUGGUUCAGCUGGUAUUUUGCUAUUUCAAAGGUGUGUGUGAUUAUUCCAGACAUUACAUCAUAAGAGAAAUACUGCUUCAAAAUGUGCAUAAUUUUUGUGGCAUUUAGUUUCCAUUAUUGUUCAAAUGAGCUAUAUAUUUUUACAAAUCACAUUUUAAGAUGUGAAUUGAGACUGCAAUCUAAAACUGUGAUCGGUGCGACCUUCAAUGCUGUCUAACAGUAGAGAUCUUUCCCUCUAGUAAUAUAUGUACAUUGGGUUAGUUUGGCUAAUGAAUGAGUUACUCCAAUCUGAUUGUUUGUCUUGAGUUGAUGUGAGGAUGGCAGAUCACAUUGUAUCCUUUGUACAUAGUCAGGAAUAUCUGCGAAUGAAACCUGUGGAGCACUGUGGUAAUGGUAAUUUGAUUGUUCCGCCUCUAUCACAUCUUAUUCCUAGUCCUACAAAGCAUCACCUCAGGAUACAUGUCGCCGUGCAUUGGAGACCUCUUAGUAGUAUAAAUCCAGAUUACUGUUCAUUCAGGUCCUCGUCAUAAAUGCCCAGGAUGCACCAAAACAGGUUUAAGGACUCGCCUGUUGGCACAUGUUAUACCGUCAUGUUCUAAUUUAAACCAGGAAAAAGAUUUGCAACAAUAUAAAUGUUCUUUAUGCAAAACUCUUUCCUUAAUGUGUUCACAAAUCUUGAAUUAAUGCUGUCAGGCUCUACUAGUUCUAUCCCCAUUAGAUGCUGCAGUGUAAACUGGGGCUUCUUAAAUUUAUUGUCACUGAUAUCUGAGGUAUUUUGAAGUUGAGUUGUUUCUGGUAUCAUAGCUGAUUACAAUCUGCAAAUGAUGGUGACACUGAGAUUGUGGCAGAUUUGUACUGAAACAUUUAUCAUAAAAUUGUCACUGAGCAAUGCUUCAACAUUUUGGUAUUGCAUUCUCUACUUAUAGUUCAGUUUUACCAACGGUAAGGAAGACUCAUGGACCCUUUCGUUAAAUUCUGUAAGGAUGUCCCAAGGUGCUGGGGAAAGUAAAAUGCACACUUGCCAUUGAUUUAUGUACAACAAGAUGCAGCCUUCAAUUUUCAAAGUUGCGUGGAUAUCUUUGUCAUGAAAAAUAUCUAUUAGGUGACGCUCAGUUUUGUAUGCAGUGGUUAUGUUCUACAUCUAAAAAAGGGAAAUGAAAAAGACGAGUGCAUUUCAGACUGAGUGUAAGGACCUUAAAUCGUGAAUCUUUGAGAACUUGUAUACAUUUAGUUUUGUACCGUUCAUUAAUUAAUUAAGGUCCCAAGGGAAAUUAUUUGGGGCAGUUUUAAUCCAGUUGUGGAUGUGAGGGACAGUACAAAAAAUACCUUUAAAUAGGUAGUCUUGUUGCGAGAGGAGUGGAGUGAUUUGUUGGUGUGAGAACUGGUACUGUCAGACUACUGUGCAGUAAUAUGUGUGUAUGUGUGUGUUGGAGGGAGUUUCUGCCAUGUUCAGUGUAAAAUGUGUUUUAAUAAACUAUCAUUAUGAAGCACUUCACUAUGAAGUUUUGUCAAACCGUUGUGUAACAGGAUUUCUGUUUAUGAUUGGAUUUGGAAUCUACCAAAAUAAAUUUGAAAAUAUAUAAACCAAGCUAAUCAGUCAUAACUAGAGCUAUCUUCCAGUAAAUUUUAAUUCUCAAGCAAUGGAUUUGUCAAUUGUCGCAAAUUGGCCCAUUUUAUUUCAUUCUGUAAUGAUUUUCUAAGCAAAAAUAUUAACAUUUGCUUUUUUAAAAAUCCUUUCCAUGUAUUAUUACACAACAAGAUGAAUCUCUAACAUAUUUGAAACACAUGGCAUUCUUUAUCUUAAAUCGCUGUAUCUUCAUCAAAAUGUUUAGCUUUUUUUAAAAAAAAAGUAGCUCAGACUGUUUUCGAAAAGCAAAAACAAAAUUGAAUGAACCUUUUAAAAAGCUUGCCGAUGAACGAAGUUGCACAGAUAUCCAUGGUUUCUGUUUUAAGAGUUUUGGGAAAACUGCACAGUCAAACUGAAUUUUUUCCCUGAAUAAUACCUUGCUAAAUAUUGUUUAUACUGGUAUUUAUACAAACAACACAAUACAGCUGAGUGUUCCAUUCUUAAUAAAACGAUACAAGGUUGUAGCUCUAUUUCAUUUAAAAUAAUCAAACUGUUUUCUUUCUACUUUCUUUCUACUAUUGAGAUGAAUUUCUUAAAUCUACAGUGAGCUAAGGUGUGAUAACCUUCCCCCCCCCCCACCACCGCCCAAAGUAAUACAGUAUUUAUUCACCCCAGUGCCUUCCCCCUUGGCUCCCGCCUGUCUUGAUUCGAACCCUAGCUCAGGUGCAAACCCUUGAAUGUCCGGGACUUGUGAAAGGUGCUACAUAGAUGCAAUUUUUUGUUGUUGAUUAUCAUCUGUUCUAUAUUCUACAUUUUUGAUUUUGAUUACAUUUGGUAUUAUUGUUUCAGGAUGAGCUAUUUAUAAUAGACCAGCUUUCCCAGAACUAAAAUCAGUGGAUCCAAAUGUAAUUGUAAUAAAAGAAUGGAUUUCAUUUAUAAAAUGCAGUUUCUGUUUUCAAAGGCAGUUGCUGAGUAUAUCAGUGACAUAAUUGCCUUGUACAAAUUAUAAUAAACAGGCCUCUAAAGUAUAUCCCUGUAGUUAUAUUUAUUAAAAUGCAGUGGUAAGAGAUCAAUUUGUUUUGGUUUUAAUUGAUUUUACUAUAUCAGAACAGCAAAUACACUAAUACUAUAUCCCAUACCACUAUUUGAAGUAUUUUUUUUAGCGAAUGAGACGGUAAACUCAAUAAAACCUAAUUCAUCAUUUUUAAUUCUGUAGUUGACUCCCAAAGCUCAGAUUGCAAAUUUUACAUUAAAUUUCAGUACUCCCAUCAAUUAUAAACAUUGUAAAAAGUCAUUGCACCAGCACAGAUGUGGCCAGGUUGUUAAUGAGUGCAGGCAUCAAGGAAGUUUUAAAGAUUGUUAAAGCAAAUUAAGGGACCAGCAAAGAAAGAAGAACUUGAUAUACCUACAACAGAAACAAGAGGCAGCAAAAACCCAGUAAAAGAUUGUUUCCAAUUACUUAGCGUCAUGUAGGAAACCCAUAAAAAGGCGCUUUAUUUACAAGGUCUUCAAAUGAUGAUCACUUAUAGAUUCCUCAAACGCUACAGGUUGAUUUGCAUUAAGUAUAUUGAUUAAUGAAAAAGGGGCUACAUGACUAAUUCCUGAUUAUUGGUUGCUCCAGCCACCCUCUGCUAAAGUAUAAUUUUAAUGAUAGUUUUAUUCACUUGUAAAGGAUGUUUAUGUGACAAAUUUCAAAAGAUAGAUCAGUAUCUUAUUUUUAAGAAAAGAAAGCCAUUCAUACACAUUUGCUGAGUUUUACUGCACCAGAGAUUGAUGUCCAAAGGAUCUUCAAAAAAUAAAACUUGAUAAAAGAUGUGCAUUUAGCAGAGGAAGAUUUCACAUGUAAUAAUGUGCCUUUUGCAUAUUUCCUUUUUUGUUUUCCAUUUUGAUGUUUAUGUCUGUGUCUGCAGGCGUGUACUGUUAAAUUAAGAUAUUUUGAAUUUAACAUAUGGAUACCACUAACUGCCAAGCAGGUAGAAUGCUGUAAUGUUGUUGUUAUUGCUGCUUUUGGAGGCAGAAGAUAUUUUUAAUUUAUGAAAGAGGGAAUAAAAUGUGAGGACUUUUUCAA